CAUGGAUACGAGUCCUCGCGGGAAGAAUCCUGAACCAGAAACCGUUCUUUCUUGUAGACCCAUCAGCCAUUGAUGCUUCGUCUGCCUUCCGCUCAUUCACUGAGAAACACACAGCUACACAAGCUUCUUCCUUGGCUUCUCUUUCAUCGCAAAUGCCCAAAUCCCAAACCCUAAGUUCGCUUGAGCUCUUCCACAGUGCUUUCCAACGCCUAAGGUCGUCGCCUCCCUCUCAGUCAGUCUCUCUCCAGCCCUCCCACUCCCCUCUUCCGCCGUCUUUCCCCCAGUAUAAACUCAUCCCCAAAACCCGGUUUUUGGUGGACGCAUUCCGCCAUGCCGGCGAUUACUCUGUUGCCUACUUCCUUUCCCAUUUCCACUCUGAUCACUACACUGGUCUUGGCUCUAAUUGGUCUAAAGGCAUUGUUUAUUGCUCCAACACCACUGCUCGACUUGUCGUUGAAGUGCUCGGGGUUCCUUCGAAGUUCGUAGUCCCUUUACGGCUCUGUGAGCCUGUUGAGAUUGAUGGGUGUGAAGUCACUCUUAUUGAUGCGAAUCAUUGCCCUGGGGCUGUGCAAUUCUUGUUUAAAAUUCCGGGUGUUGAUGGAAAGUGCGAGAGGUAUGUUCACACGGGAGAUUUUCGGUUUUCUAAGGCAAUGAAGUCAGAGCCUUUACUUGCUGCAUAUGUUGGUGCCGAUGCCGUAUUUUUGGACACAACCUAUUGUCACCCAAAGUUUCAGUUUCCUAGCCAAGAAGAGUCUGUAGCUUAUAUAGUUGAUGUAGUUGAGAGGGCUGAAAAUGAAAAUGAUGGUUCUAUUGGGAAUGUUCUGUUCCUUGUUGCUACUUAUGUUGUUGGGAAAGAGAAGAUUCUGCUUGAACUUGCUCGUAGGUUUAAACGUAAAGUGCAUGUGGAUGCUAGAAAAAUGGAGGUUUUGCGGGUUCUUGGGUAUGGGGAAGGCGGGGACUUUACAGUUGAUGACUCUCAAACUAAUAUUCAUGUUGUUGGGUGGAAUGUGUUGGGUGAGACAUGGCCAUACUUUAGACCUAAUUUUGUUAGAAUGAAGGAGAUUAUGACUGAGAGAGGGUACUCUAAAGUCGUGGGUUUUGUUCCAACUGGAUGGACUUAUGAAGUGAAGCGCAAUAAAUUUACUGUGAAGUCGAAGGAUUCAUUUCAGAUUCAUCUUGUACCAUAUAGUGAACAUUCUAACUAUGAUGAGCUCAGGGAAUACGUAAAGUUUUUGAAACCAAAGCGUGUUGUUCCUACAGUAGGUGUAGAUGUUGACAAAACUGACAGUAAACAUGUGGAGAAGAUGAUGAAGCAUUUUGCUGGGUUAGUUGAUGAGACAGCCAACAAGCAGGAAUUUUUAAAGGGAUUUCAUUUUACAUCUAGUGAAGGGGGCUUCAAGUUUGACAAGGAUGAUAAUGAUGCCAUGAAGCCAGGGCAGGACAUGGAGGCAGAAGUGAAGUUAUUUGACAAGGGAGAUGAUAAGAGUAUUAAUCCAGAUAUUUCUCUAAAUUUGUCUUCUACUCUUGAGGAACCUGACUUGCGGGAUCCCACAUCACUAAAGGAUGAGGAAACAGAGAAGAUCGGUCAAGAGAUGUCUUGUUAUUUGCCCGCAUGGGUGACUCAGGGACAAGUUCUAGAGCUGAUCAGCAAUGCAAGGGGCAAUGUGGUUGAAGCUGUUUCUAGUUUCUUUGAACGUGAAACUGAAUUUCAUGAUCAAGUAUUUUCCUGUCAAACGUCUGUUUCUGCAUCCACAUGCUUAUCCGAUGGCAGUGAUUUGCUUUCAAUAGCCCCCGUUGUUAGUAGUAAAACUUGCUUGAGUGUUGACAUUUCACCAAGUCAAGACUUUAAGUUAUCCGCCCCGAGAAAUUCAGUAGCAAGUAGCAUUUCUCCUGCUAAAAGGAAGAGAAAUAGUGAAAGAAAGCUAAACAAGAAAGUAAAAGUCCAUACAAAAUCAGAAUCAAGUGGGCCAAAACAGUCCAGGAUAACAAAAUUCUUCACUAAAGCCUUGCCUGACAUCACCCAAUCUGGUAAUUUUGAAGCCAGUACUGAUCAAAGCCCUAAAGAUGAAAACUUGCUACAAUUUGAUGUUGAAAAAGCAUAUGAGGAUGAGAUCAACCAGUUCAUGCAGAUAAUAAAUGGCGAUGAAUCAUUAAAAAGUUAUGCUAUCACAAUAAUUGAGAAGACGAAAGGAGAUCUAAAUAAGGCAUUGGACAUAUAUUAUCGUAAUCCUGGGAAUUUUGCUGAGAAUGAAAAAUCAGUUCAACUUGAGUGCAAAGUGGACAACUCUUCGGAAAGGAAAUGUGUGUCACAGGAAUUAAGAUCCACACCACAUGAUAUUUCUGUGCGAAGCAUAUCCAGAGAGAGUGUAGAUGCAACUCUUGUACCUCUACCACCUAAAGAAUACAACCCUAAAGAACACGCGUGUUGGAGAGAUGGAGAGUCUGCGCCAUAUUUACAUCUUGCACGAACCUUUAACCUUCUUGAGGAUGAGAAAGGGAAGAUAAAGGCUACUUCAAUGUUAUGCAAUAUGUUCAGAAGUUUGUUGGCCUUGUCUCCUGCUGAUGUACUUCCUGCUGUGUACCUGUGCACAAGUAAAAUUGCUGCUGACCAUGAAAAUAAGGAAUUAAAUAUUGGUGGAAGUCUGAUUACUGCAGCACUAGAAGAGGCAUGUGGAACAACUCGAUUGAAAAUAAAGGAGAUGUAUAACAAAUUUGGUGACCUUGGUGAUGUUGCUCAAGAGUGUCGGCAAACACAGAGAUUGCUCGCUCCUCCAACACCACUUCUGAUUAAAGAUGUUUUCUCUGCACUUCACAAGAUAAGCUUACAAACAGGCAAUGGAAGCACUCUUCGGAAGAAAAACAUAAUUGUAAAUCUCAUGUGCUCUUGUCGGGAGAAGGAGAUAAAGUUUCUUGUUCGGACUUUGGUCAGGAAUUUACGGAUUGGUGCAAUGAUUAGAACUGUUUUGCCUGCUCUGGCCCAAGCUGUCUUUAUGAAUUCAUGCCCUGCUUUACACCAAGAUGGAACUGCAGAAAAUUUGAAGGAGAAGCUUCAGGGCCUUUCAGCGGAAAUUGUUGAAGCAUAUAACAUACUCCCAAAUUUGGAUCUUCUAAUACCAUCUCUAAUGAACAAAGGCACUAAUUUUUGUGCUUCAAGUUUGUCAAUGGUUCCAGGAAUACCUAUCAAGCCUAUGCUUGCAAAGAUCACUAAUGGCAUUCCCCAAGUCCUGAAGUUAUUUCAAAAUAAAGCAUUUACUUGUGAAUACAAGUAUGUCCUAUUCUUCAUAUAUGAUGGCCAGCGGGCCCAGAUUCACAAAUUAAGUGAUGGAUCGAUUCGUGUUUUCUCAAGAAAUGGAGAUGAAACAACAUCAAGAUUUCCAGAUUUGAUUGACAUAAUCAAGGAAUUCUGCAAGCCUGCUUCAGUGACUUUUAUACUGGAUGCUGAAAUUGUGGGUAUUGAUAGGAAGAAUGGAUAUAGGUAUAUGGCUUUUCAAGAGUUAUCUUCACGUGGGAGAGGAAGUAAAGAUGCCUCAGUUACUACAGAGAGCAUAAAGGUGGACGUUUGCCUGUUUGUCUUUGACAUCAUGUUUGCUAAUGGGCAACAGCUAUUGGGUUUUCCUCUCCGUGAAAGGCGAAAACAUCUGAAGGAUUUGUUCUACGACGAGAAACUUGGAUAUUUUGAAUAUGCAAAAGAAACAACUAUUGAAGCAGAUGAUGCUUCAUUAACCUGUGAUGUCACGGUAACUAAGAUAAACUCUUUCCUAGAAGACGCAAUGCAUUCGGCAUGUGAAGGAAUUAUGGUGAAGUCGUUGGAUGUUGAUGCUGGAUAUUCUCCAUCAAAGCGUACAGACACAUGGUUAAAGGUGAAGCGAGAUUAUGUGGAUGGUUUAAAUGAUUCUCUUGAUUUAGUACCAAUUGGUGGUUGGUAUGGAAAUGGAAGGAAGGCUGGAUGGUAUAGCCCAUUUCUCAUGGCAUGUUACAAUCCUGAAACAGAGGAGUACCAAAGCGUAUGCCGUGUGAUGUCUGGGUUCUCAGAUGCCUUCUACAUGGAGAUGAAAGAAUUCUUUUCCGAGGACAAGAUAUUGUCCAAAAAGCCACCAUACUACCGAACAGCCGAGGUACCAGACAAGUGGUUCUGUCCUCUGCUUGUUUGGGAAAUAAGAGGUGCAGAAUUUACAGUAUCUCCAGUUCACCAAGCUGCCCUUGGUCUGGUUCAUCCGUCUCGUGGCAUCUCAAUCAGAUUCCCAAGAUUUGUUCGCAAUGUUUUGGACAGGAACCCCGAAGAAUGCAGCACAGCUGCUGAUAUAGCUGAAAUGUUUCAUUCUCAGACUCGGAAGAUGGAUGUUGCAGCUGAAGAUUAACUUUAAUUACUUCAUACUACAUCUACCAUCUUCUCCCUUUUGUAAAUGCUUUUGUAUAUAUACAGUAAAGUACACUCAGUUCCGCUAAAUUUCACAUUAAUUACAGAUACUUCACUUUUAUUUUUAAAACCUAUAGAUAAAAACCUAUAUGAA